AAAUCUAUUUCAUAUCUAACAUGUCUAACCCAGGAUAAAUGUUUGUACAUCUUGUAAUAGCAUCGUAUUACAGGACCAAUCUGUUGAUACACAACUUACGUAGAGUGGUGAUAUCUGUCUGUCCUGUCGGAGUGUAUCAAUUAUAACAGCGAUGCAUUGUCGUAUCCGCCUGGUGUGAAUCAAAUGAUUAGGGUCGGUUGUAAGGGGUGUGUAGUCUACAAUUGUAAAAUACUGCGACCGUAAAAUAACAUUUCUACUGUUUACCGGGUUAUCAAGAACAAAUAUGGCAUCUGGCACAACUACAGACGUCAACUGUGGACCAUGCUUAUAUAACAAUAUAACAGUGCCUGGUAAUGUCUGGUGUUUAUCGUGCGAGGAGGGCCUAUGUCAGUCGUGUGCUGACAGUCAUCAGGGUAUCAAGGCUACCAGAAACCACAAAGUAAUUCCGGUAGAAAAAUGUCACCACGUGGCUUCCAUCGGACAUUUGAUGUCACAAACCUGUAAAAACCACAACAAAGCUCUUGAUCUUUAUUGUCCUUCCCAUGAUGCUCCUGUAUGCUCUUUAUGUAUAUCAGAGAACCACAGAGAAUGCAAGGACAUUGUAUCAUUGGAUGAUGUCGCUAAAAAUGUUGUUUCAUCUUCUUCGUUUUGUAAUCUAGAACAAAAUGUCGGAAAUCUUUUCAAAAACUUAUCCCAGUUAAAGGCAGAACGGGAACGGAAUUCCAAACAGCUUCAAAGUGAUAAAAUAGCGAAAAAUACAUCAGUCAAGGAAAUGAGGAGAAAACUUAAUGAACUCUUAGAUACAUUAGAAGAAAAACUUUUGCAAGAGUUAUCUUCCAAAACUGGAACCUGUGAAACGGAAAUCAAUAAUUCUUUAUUCGAAAUAGAAUUGAAAACUAAAGCAGUAUACGCUAUACAAUCCAACAUCUCCCAGCUGAAAGAAAUGGCUACAGAUGUACAAUUUUUUCUUGCAAUUAGAGAAAUUGAUAAGUCAGUAACCACAGAGACUAACUGGCUGCAUGCAAUCGCGAAUCAACGCAACAUGGAAGAAUUGACCUUGGACCUAAAAACUAAACCAAUGGAAGACUUGCUUGAAACAAAAUCACUAGGUUCAGUUAAGAUAGACCGCAGCCGAAAUACUGUUCCAAUAAACCAUCUGGGUAUGAAAGAGGCACAGAUACCACUUGAAGCAAUGCGUAAUAAAAUAGACCGAAUUAGGUUACAGCAGAAGAUAUACAUUCCAUUGCCAAUUACUAACAUGUUAGUUGAAAAUCUGUUUGGAUGUAUGAUAUGCAGUGAUGGAAACAUUAUCUUUGCAGAUGGUCCAAGUAGGACAAUUAAAGUUUUCAAUAAAAAAGGAAAUCAUAUAAAAGACGUUCGUGUACCUGGCACACCAAGUGACAUAACAGAGAUAUCACAAGGUCGGAUUGCUGUCACAUACUGAAUUGGAGAAAAAUAUGAGAUAGCAGGUAUAAAAAAUUACCUUUAUAAAACUGUUAAAUCAGUUAGUACAAGAAGUACAUGCUGGGGAAUAUCCUGUAAUGAUGGAAAGGUGGCAGUGAAGUGUUCAAAUGAAGGUAUUGAACUAUAUGACAUAAAUGGAAAGAAAAUGCAGGAUGUUAAUGAUGACGAGAAAAGUUAUCGAUUGAUUUAUAAUAUUGAAAUAUCUAAUAGACACAUUUAUUAUUCUUACUCUUACCAAAAUUCUGUGAGUUGUCUUGGUUUUGAUGGAAUCCUAAAAUGGAAAUAUGAGAGUAAUUCCCUGCAGCAUCCAACAGGGAUAACAACAGAUGGUUAUGGUAAUGUCUACGUAGUCGGACGAGAUUCCAAAAAUCUAAUCGUCAUUUCAAAAGACGGACAAAAUGGAAGAGAACUAUUCAAGUGCAAAGUUACACCUUGGUCGGUACACUUUGAAAAACAUAAUAACCAGCUUUUAGUGAGAGAUUAUGAAGGAGCUACAGUAUACGACGUCGUUUUUGGACAAUAGACUUGUAGGCCAGUAUAGAUCGAUACAUUUCGUCAAUUUGUGCACGUGGAACGCGUUUUACAAACCGCCACAAGCUAGGCCGUUUGUAUAUAGUGAAUUACUUUAUGAUUCUGUAUAAAAACGCAAAAUAUAUUACUGAUGUGAAAGUGCUAAUAUUAUGAAAAAUGCUCAUUAUUUCGUUUAAACGCACUUUUUCUGCUUUUUCUGACAUGGUUUUAUUGGUAACCCAAUGGGAUAUGCAAUUUCUUCAGUGCCAAGUUAUUCUGCAGACACCAGAGUUCACCCCUAUUUUUGUUAAAAAGAGGUGUUUUUUUUAUGUCUUGCUUAUUUUGUAAUAUUAUUUCUUGUCCAUUAAAUCUUUUGUACCAAA